UUUACAUAUAUCUUAAGGAACCUAUUUGAAGUUUUUUAACAUGUUUGAAGAUGAAUGUCACUUGUUAGAUAUCAAACUUGCUGGAGAGCUUGCACUAAAAAAUAAUACAAUUGGUAAAGAUGAUUUUGACAAAUACAUUAAUAUGCAUACUCAAUCAAAUCUUAUAAAAAGUGUUAUUGAGGACUGUGAUAAUAAAAUUACACUUUUACAAGACACAAUUUCAUUAAAAGUUUUAUGUGAACCAGACAGAACAGAGGAAAUAAGGAAAGUAUAUGCACCAAGAAUACUUUACUAUGAUUUAAAAAAAACUGAUAAGAUGAAAGAACUAAAUUCAUUAAAUGAAGCAAACAUUCUUGAUAAAAUUUCAGGUCCCUGCAUUCAGCAACUUGAUGAAAUUUUAAAGGCUAAUCAGGUACAAAGACAGGCUUAUCAUGGGAAAUGCUUUGUUGGAAACCAUGUUCACACAAUGCUUAAGCCUCAACCUUUGCUAGAUUUGUGCAACUCUAUUCCAAAACUGAUUUCAAAUCUUGGUUUUAUUGAUACAGACGUUCAUUUACUCUCAGUUAAUGUGAGCCAAAAAUUUAAACAGUUGUUUCAAUAUUAUUCCAAAUGUCAUAACUUGAUGAACAGCUCACAAUCAUUUCAAGAAAAUGAUGUUCAGGAACUUGAAUCAGCAAUCUGUAAUCUUAUGGAAUUUUAUAGAUCAACUUGGCCAAAUGCAUCUGUAACUCCAAAGAUGCAUUUGCUUGAAACACAUGUUCUUCAAUUUAUUCAAAAAUGGGGAUUAGGCAUUGGAGUUUAUGGAGAACAAGGCGGAGAAAGUUUGCAUGCUGAAUUUAACAAUCUUAAUCGUUUGUUUUGUCAUAUGAAAGGUUGUAGCCGCUUGAAAAGCAUGGUGAAAGAACAUUAUGUAAGAAACCAUCCAAAAGCUAAAGCAAUGAAGCCAGAAAUUAAAAAGAAAAUUUUUUUUUGAUUUUUAUGUGUGUAUAUAAUAUAUAUAUAUAUACACAUACAUAUACACA